AUGUCUCUUCCACAAUCCGAUCAUAUCGUGCGAGUCAAACUGAUUGACACAACAACGUAUCUGACUGGAAUAGCCAAGGUCUUUGUCGAGCCCGUCGUCGCCGGCCACGAGACUUUCAACUUCAAUGAUUUGGCAUUUCUCAUUGAAAAUGAGCGAACUGGCAAGAAGGUCAUGUUUGAUCUUGGCACACGCAAGGAUUAUUGGAAUCUUGCACCAGCAGUGCAGCGGGUAUUAGGCCUGGAUAGUGCCAUGACAGGAAUGAAGGUUGACAAAGAUGUUGCUCAAAUUCUUGUUGAGGGAGGAGUCAGUCUUGAUACAAUUGGCUUCCUCCCCGGCUACCCCGAGAACCCCGUCUCCCCCGUUCUCGCCUCGGAUUUCGAAGGUAGAGAACUCAUUGAGAUGAGCUUUGAAAACGGCCUGGAAAUUGGAGGCUUCAGAGCUCACGACUAUUUCGGAGACGGUUCGCUCUAUCUGCUUGACUCUCCUGGCCACUGUGCAGGCCACCUCUCUGCAUUAGCUCGCACCACCUCGUCUUCAGCAGAAGGGGGCACCUCGUUCGUAUUCUUGGGUGGAGAUAUCUGCCACUUUGCAGGUGAUUUCAGGCCAUCGUCUGAAAGGCCACUACCAGAUCCCGCUCCCGAAUCUAUUCUUGCGAGACGUCAUAAUCCUAUUCCAUGUCCAUGCUCCCUCACCAGACACCACCCGAAUGCGGAUGACGAAGAAGCGAGACGCACUACACCUUGGUAUAAGAUGGCUGGGGAGUUUCCAACUGCUUAUCAUGACAUCGACGAGGCCAGGGAAUCGGUCUCUAAGAUGGGGGCUUUGGACCAGAAUGACGAUAUUUUAGUUUGUCUGGCGCAUGAUGCUGUUCUACUUGAUGUCAUGCCGAUAUUCAACGAAGACCCUAAGAAAGAUAUUAAUGGGUGGAGAGAAAGAGGCUUGAAGGAUAAAUGUCACUGGGGUUGGCUAAGAGAGAUUCCUAUUGAUGGAAAGCCGGCACAGAUUCCUCUAGUUGAGGGAUUUUGGAGAGAUGGGAAGCCUUGGGAUUAUAUGUCAUUCAAGAAAACAUUGACGAUACCUCUCUGA